AUGGCGAGAUGUAAGAAGGCAAUUCAGAAGCCAGUUUCUUCAUCUUCAGAGGUUGGGAUCGAUUCAACUAAGGGAUUGAAUAUUGAAGAGGUGAAUUCUAAGCGUCUUAGUGUUGAGCAAGCGGCAGAGGAAGUCUUUGCAGAUACUGUGACUGAUUUCACUGAGUCUAUCGAAGAAGAUGGGUUAGAUUCUGCUAACGAUGGAAAGGUUGAUGAGAGGAUCAGCUUGGAUGAAUCCGUUCAGGUGAAGGAUGGAGACAACCUAACUUUCCAAGAUCUGGCCAAGGAUAAGUGGACUCAAUUUCGGGAUAAUUUCACGCAGCAAAAUGGAGUGAAAUUGGAUAAUUUCACGCAGCAAAAUGGAGGAACCUAUGCUCAGGGAUGGGAAGCUGAUAGAUCAAUUGGAUCUAGAGGAAAUCGAAGAGCAGUGUUCGAAGGUUUCAUUCGUAGAAUAUGGGGAAAACUUGGAAUUGAAAGGGUGGCUAGGAUGAAUGCAUGGUUUACGAUUGUUAAAUUCUGGGAUGUUUCGACUCGGGAUUUGGUUCUAGAAUCUGGAGUGAUUCAUUUUGAUAGGAAGCCAGAUAUUCUAAGGCCAUGGUAUACAAACAUUGAUACAUUAAGGUUAGUGAAAUCGGUUCCAGAUUGGGUUAGAUUACAUGACUUGGGUCUUCAAUUUUGGGGAACAAAAUGUCUGAGUGCUCUUGUGAGCACCUUUGGUCGACCCAUGAUGAUUGAUAAAAUAACUAAAGAUAGAUCAAUGGUGAAGUUUGCUAGAGUCCUAGUGGAUGUGGAAAUCUCUGAUAAGCUUCCCCAUAGUAUCAGUUUUGUGAAUGAACAUGGUCAACUGAUCGAGCAGAUUAUUGAGUAUGAAUGGUUGCCUACUAAGUGUUCGGUUUGUAAAAGUCUUGGGCAUGCUACUUCUAGUUGUAGACGGGAACAGAACUUAGUUUGGCAAACUAAGAAGGAACAGGGCAUGGCAAGUGAGAAGGCAGUUGAACACAAGCAGGUUGAGUCUGAUCCAGUCCCAGAUUCUUUGGACUCGACUUCAGCAGAGCCUGAGAUGACUAAGGUAACUCCAGUUGAUACUGAGAAGGAUACAAGAUGGACAAUUGGAGGUUCCAAAACAAGGUCCAAUAAAAUUGGGUUGAGGGCUUUUCUUGAGUCAAAACUUAGGGGUUCUAAAAUAGAGGACAUGAUGACUUCUGUUUUCAGGGAUUGGAAGUAUUACUCUGUCCCGAUUGUUGAGGGGAGAAUUCUGCUGGUUUGGAAAGAGGACCUUAUUAAAAUUUCAGUUCUUGGUGUGGAAGACCAGUUCAUUCACUGUACUGUGAAGAUCAUGGGAGUUUUGAAGAAAUUCUGCUUGACAGUAAUAUAUGGUUGGAACCAAAUUGAGGAGAGGAAGAGACUUUGGCAUGCCUUAGAUUCUCUGAGGUUUCCUGUCCAACCUUGGCUAGUUGUUGGUAAUUUUAAUGCUAUUUUUGACUUUGAUGAUAGAAUUGGUGGUAGAUCUAUAACUGACAUGGAAAGGGAAGAUGCUUGUACUUGGAGAGCCAACUGUUUGAUGUCUGAAAUCCGUAGGAUUGGUGCUCAUUACACUUGGUGUAAUAAACAGAAGGAAGGGUCUCGUAUAUUUUCCAAAUUGGAAAGAGCUUUCAGUAAUGAAGCCUGGACUGAUGCCUUCCCUAAUUCAGAGGCUCAUUUUAACUGGGAUGUUAUUUCUGACCACUGUUAUUAUGUUAUUAAACCUAUUCUUAGUCAGAUUUCAGGGGUGAAACCUUUUAAAUUCUUCAACAUGUGGACAAAAUAUGAGGAAUUUAGAGAGAUUGUUCUGAAUAGUUGGUGUACUAAGGGAUAUUGUUCUGAUCUGCUGGGAAUUAGUCAGAAAUUGAACAAAUUAAAGUCAGUUUUGGUUCAGUUUAAUAGGAGGAAAAUUGGGGAUAUAACAGAUAGAUAUCUAGAAGCCAAGGAAAAAUAUCAGCAAGCUCAAUUUUCACUUCAACAGCAGCCUCAAUCUAUAGAGUUACAGAGAGCAGAGCAAGUUGCUUGUACAGAGUUUAAUUACUGUUCUAAAAUGCAUGAGAGCUUCCUUAGGCAAAGGAGCAAAGUUACUUGGCUAAGAUAUGGAGAUGACAACACAACUUACUUUUAUGCAACUUUAAAACAGAGAUCUGCUUUUAAUCGAAUCACUGCUUAUGUGGAUGAUCAUGGACAGAUUGUUGAUUGCUAUGAGGAUGUGAUCAAGCAUUUUGUUAACCAUUUUAAAGGGUUUCUGGGCAGUCCUAGCUCUACUACUGCUAGGAUCAGCUGGAGGGUUUUAAGACUUCAUGGAGCGUUCAGUGGGAUGAAAGGAUUGCGACAAGGAGAUCCUAUAUCUCCUCUUCUGUUUGUAUUGAUCAUGGAAUAUCUAACUCGAUUACUGAUUCUAGCUGCCCAGCACAAGGUUGAUAAUGAUGGCUUCUCUAGUUGGAUUUUAUCAAUACGAAAAUUUUCAGUUUCUAGCAAUACAUUAAUAGCUUGA